UGAUCCAUAUUAUGUUAAUGUUCCUCCUGGUAGACCACAGAAAGCGAUCAGCGUUGCUGCUAUUGUUGCUAUUGUUAUCAUAUGUCUGGCAGUACUCAUUAUUGCUAUUCUUUUAUUCUUGAAACGUAAAAAAAUUGCGAAGUGGUGGAAGGACCGAAAACACUAA